CUUCCGAAUGUCCGAUAAUCCAUUAAUACUGAAUGCAUUCAUAUGAUGAAGAAUCAAAGUUUGAGAGGCAAUGAAACCGAUCUCAAGAUGCAAGUGGAACGACAUACCAACCGAGACAAGUGGUCAACCGCUGUGCAUCAUCAUUUUUGCAAGACGGAACAGCAUUUGGGUACGCGAGAGAGCAAGAAUCUUGGCUACGUGCGCACUCGGCAAAGUAAAAAAGCCAGAGAAAAAGAUAUUGCAAAGAUGGAACGCGAGCUGAAGCGGUCGCCUGCCUUCAAGGAUGGAAAGAUAAAUAUUCUCGCGGCGCAAAUACAAUUUGCUUGGAAUGCGAGGAAGGUGUCCGACCAAUGCAUCGGUGAGUACGCCAGCUUGCUGGAAGUACGAUCUUCGUGAUAAAAACACCCCUUGGCGCAGGAUGAUAAUUACAAGAUAAAAGAAAACGAUAAAAAUCAAUCAGAGGUCACCGAUUCGAGAUUACAAAUACGCAAUGGGUAGCAGCUCGAGCGGACUGAGGGUGGGCCGAAAAAACUGGUUUCAGCUAAUGAUGGACUACUUGCAGCCGAGCCUGACAGAUCAUAAUGCACUUUUUUGAUAUCAAUAACCUCGUCCCAGAUUUUUUUAACCAAGUAAGUUCUUUCGGUGAACGCGCAAUCAACAAUCCUUCGUGGUAACAGAAUCUCUUGUGGAAAAAAAUAUCGCGAUUUUUCAGUGCAUAAUCUUUGUUCCGUUCGUUGUCUCUUCGGGUCUGAAACGACAAAAAAUUAAUUGAUCAAUCAAAUUGCAACUUCACGCUUGUAUUUCAUACAUUGCUUUAGCUUCCUUACUGAAAUUAUAAUU